AUGUCUUCUCAAUCCGCUUUGCCAGACUUCUACUAUUUUUGUUUCGGCGCCUACGAGCCCUUUCUGACGACCAUCGGUUUUCUUGGAGCUCUCGCGGACCCGUUAACUACACACAACUCUCAAGCUCCCUGGAAAGGUGGACCGCCUCACACAGAGCUGCCUGCUGCCACAUUCGUGACGAUAAUUCAGCUCGCACAUACUUGCGCUCUCCUCGGCUUCAUCAACCUCUUCAUUCUUUCCGCCGUUCGAAAUCACCUGCACGAUAGUCCCGCGCUACAAGAGAAGAUCCUCUUUGCCCUUUUCACGCCUCUCCUCAUGGGUGACAUCGUCCAUCUUGUUCUGACCUUCUGGGCGUUGGGAGACGAUCGAUGGAACGUUGCGAGCUGGACACCCAUGUUAUGGACGACCUUUCUUCUGGGAAUCACCCUUCUCGUACCGCGGUUAUGCUGGCACUUAGGGAUUGGGCGUUAUGUCGAUUCAAGAGACGGAGCGUUCAAGAGGAUCGGCCACGCCUCACUGGAAAAGAGACAGUUUUCCGCUUCUCCUGCUUCCUCCUAG